CCAAGUGCUGCAUAAAAUGUGUUAUUUUUAGUAAAGUGCAAAAAUGUCCGAUCGAACUAAACUUAAAUUCAUUUUAAACACAUCGGCCGAAUACUUCUCACACAAUUCGGCAACUCAACCCAGUGACGACGGUUCAAUUCAGGAAUUCCUCCAGAAUGACGAAAUUAAUGUUCUAGCAAUCACACAUUCAGAAAAUGCGUUACGUUUCCAUCAUACCGUACCAACAGACGAAAACUCGAUAUUAUUCUACAAGAUUCCGCAACUGGGCGCGAUGCAAGCGAAUGUAGAGGUGCCGAUUGGCAUACUGACAUUGGAAGGUGGUUUAGUGAAAUCAAUAUACAAUUCGGUGUCGAGAGUAUACGCUCCAAAUGUUACAAAGCAAAAAGUCGACUAUUCAUCGGACAUAGAAAAAAUUAUCGAUAAUUUACACACCACCCUUGGAGCAUCUUUGGGCUUAUCACAUUCUGGAAUUCACACAGUUCAGGAUGAAAUCAACUUUUGGAAACAGAAUCUAUUAAACUCGCCGACCAAGACUGAUAAGGAUAAGGCCAAAGCUAUCGUUGACAUCGUCGAACAUCUAAAUGUUCAAAUUGGAUCUGUUCAAGUGAACUCAACAAAAUGCCUAGACGAAUUUCUGGACUCCGUUCACACAACAUUAGACGAAUUAUGGCGUCUGCCGCAUUCAUAUCCUCAAAACCGAAUGGUUGACCUAAUGAACAUACUAUCAUCGAUUGUGAUUGAUGCUUGCAUCGAUGGCCUCAGUACGGUUGAUAUUUGGAACAUAAAUUCCGUUCAUACAAGUCAAGUUCUUAGUGAGAGUAUGGACACAAUUGAUUCGUGGAUACACAUCUGCGACUCGCUGACUCGUCUGUUUUGGCCGAACAAUGCUGCAAAUCCAUGGGCAGGUGGUCCACAUAUACCGAAGAAUGCUAAGUUGUUUCGAGAACGUCUUAAUGAGAUUAAAGUUAUCAAAAAUUUGUAUAUGCAAAUAGCAACGAUCUUUAAUGAGGAUGAUCGUAUGGAUAAAGUUAUCAUGGCCAUGUUUCAUCCAUUUGCUGAUAUAAAUAUCCUUGAUGUAAGUCCGUUCGGUGCAAAACGAUGGCAGAAAGCCGUUGGUCAAUUUGAAGCUAAGCUUCAACCAGUCGAUGAAAAAAUGGCAUCAUUGUUGAAACCGAAACUUAAUAAUCAUUUAAGCAAUCCGAGACAGAUAAUUCAUAUUUUCUCACAAUAUGACUCCAUUCUUCGACGACCAUCCGUGAUGGUCUUGCUAACAGCCGAAAGGGAGUUGUUUUUUCAAUCAAUAAACGACUACGUCAAAGAAAUAAAAUCAUCGCUGCAUCAGAAGACCUCUUUUCAAAGCAAUGUCAAUCUGUCACCAAUAUGCUGGGAAUGUCGAUGGUUGAGGGUAGUCUUACAUCAGAUUAAUGAGAUCAUUAAAGUCAGUCAUCUGAUUGAGGAAAGGCAUGGCUAUGAAGAACUGAAGAAAAUGUUGAAUGGAACCAAAGAGGAAACGGAAAAUUUAUUGAAAAAUAAUUUUGAACUUUGGCGUGAAGAGUCAGCAGGUAAUGUUAAAAAUGGAGAGCUGAGUCUCAAAGACGACAAACCGGUGGUUGAAUUUGAACGGGAUGGGCGUCAAUUGAUGCAAGUCACCUUCAAACCGAAGCUUAUCACAUUCUGUCACGAUGUACGUGAGUUCGAAACGCUUGGCUUUCGAAUACCAAUCGAGCUUCGUGACACGGCCAAACAUGCCACAAGGUUUAUGGCCUGUGCGCGACGAUUACAACAAAUUGCCACUUUUCACAAUACAAUCGGCGAUCGAAUUAUUCCGUGCCAGAGGCCAAUUUUGCUUAAAAAUGCAAUGGAAUUGAGUAAGUUAGUGCGUAGUGAGUCGGUGGCAUGGAAUGACGAAGAAUCUACUAAUCGAUAUGUGACCGUACUUCAAAAUGCUGUGAGUAAUUUGUCCAGGGAUAAUACUUACUUGGCGGGGCAACAUGAAGACACUAAGAGAAUUAUUAUUAAGCUGAUGAACGUUGAUCUGCUGCGGCAAGGUGAAAUAUGGAAAGACGAAAUGAGACGUCUUCGAGAAAUAAUUGCCAAUUUGGAAGCUAAAGGUUAUACCAAUUUGCAAGCGUUUAAGCUCCAUUGGGACCAUCAGUUGUAUAAAGUUCUCGAACAGCAAUAUUUGGAAGGGCUAACAGAUCUCAACACUAGACUUCCAGACAUCAAUAUCGAGAUAGUUUUCAGACAGCAGAAGCUUCAAUUUCGACCACCGAUCGAAGAGAUCAAAUCCAAAUAUUAUUCCCAACUAAGAAAAUUUCUGGAACGUCCAUUGCGCUUCAGAGGCUUUUCGGAUCAAAGUUCAAAGAUAUUUAAGGUUAUGGUCGAAAGAAAUCGGCACCGUUUCGUUGGAUUGUAUCAAAAGUCGGAGAACUUAUUUUCCCAGCUCAAUGCCGUAUUAGAUGUCUGGAUGCCUUGGAUUGCCCUCGGGCAAAUAAAUUUGGAGGACUUAUGUGAGAUACAUCUGAUCACUUGGAACGAUUGGGAUAAGAACUUUAAGGCAUGCAAGCAUUUCAGUCAACAAAUUGCUAAAAUUCAAAAUUCAGAGGAUCGGUUAGAUUGUUUCGUUAUUGAUUUGCUACCAUUAAGAUCGGACAUCGAAUUCAUCGGGAGAAAAUACUGGGAGACGUUAGUGAGCACCCUUAGAGCAUCAAUUUUGAAGGACAUUUCGGUACUGCAAGAUUUCCUACACAAUGCGUUGCAAGUCCUACAAAAUGUAGUUCUCGAUGACACCGGUAUAGCCGAAGCGGGUGCGAAGUAUGAUAGAAUCGUGACUGAGCUACCAAAGAUGAGCGAACUUCUCAAAACUGUCGAAGGCAAAGACACCUGCCUUGCUGGAUGGUGUAAAGAGCGUGUGAGCUCAUUAUCUAACAUCCUAUUACAAUGGGAUCAACUACAACCAUUGAUUGAAAAUCAUAGCGCCGUUCUGCAACGACAAAUUGGUAUCAUGAGAGACUACAUCGAGUCUCAAAUGAGUAAUCUGCAAGAAGAAGCGGAAAAGUUUCACAUUCGUUGGGAGUCAACGAUUAAGGAUCUCGAGAUAAACGAAACGGUAAACUUGCAGGUCUUUAAAGAUCGUCAGCUCACUUGGAAUGGAUUGAAAGAGAAACGGAAUUUGUUGGAAGCCGACGCUCUGAAAUACAACAUAACUUUCCCCGGGGAACUUACAGAAACAUUUGACAAAAUCGAUUCCGAUGUCAAGGUGAACGGAGAGCAGUGGGAGAUGUUUGAAAGUUUUGAGAAAGAUUUCGAAAGUGUUUCAAAUGAAGAGCUAAGCAUUUAUCGACGUCGCCCAUACAUUCUCACCGAUUUUCUAUCGAAGUGGACCAGUUUGACCAACGGCACCAAGACCACUGCAUCAAAUCGAAUCCAGUUACAACUGGAUGCUUAUCAGUCAGCGUUGCCAAUAAUUCAAAAUCUGCAAUCAGAUGGACUUACUGAGAAGCACUGGAGCCGCAUACUAAAUUUAACCGAUCAGAGCCCGAUACCAUACCACGACAUUUGUUUGAAACACCUGUUCAACAAUGUCCCAGCCUUGAUAAAAAACGAAACGGCAAUCGUAAAUAUGGUUCGGCAAGCGUCAUCCGAGCAAAUAAUCCGAGCAGCUCUGACCGAACUCGAUCAAUGGGGAGCGACUGCAACAUUCAAAACGAUUACACAUACGGACACGAAAAGCGGAUCGCUAAUACUGAUCAGAGAUUUCCAGGACGUGUUAAACAAAAUUGGAGACCAUCAAUGUCUUUUACAGUCUGCCAUGAAUUCCGCUGCAUCUGAUGAAUUUUCAGAUCAAGCAAAUAUUUGGGAGAAUAGACUAACACUACUAGAUCGUAACCUGACCAGUCUAAAUCAAAUUCAAAGAAAGUGGAUCUAUUUGGAGCCCAUUUUUGGCAUUGGUACAUUGAAAUCGGAAAUGGCGGCAUUCCAACGGAUUGACAAGGACUUUCGAUACAUCAUGCGAGACAUAUCAAAUGACCUUCGUAUUUUAUCAAUAACGAAAAUCAGUAACCUCUCUACCAUAAUCGAAUCACUCGAAAAUCAACUAUCUAAAUGCCAGUCUACACUGAAGUCAUUCAUACUGACGAAACGGAACAGUUUUCCGCGAUUUUAUUUCCUUGCUGAUGAUGACCUGCUGGAAAUGCUGGGCCAAUCGACUAAAAUCGAAAUCAUUCAAAAACAUAUCAAGAAAAUCGUGCCAGGCAUUCAAGAAAUCGGCGUUUGUGUGACGAAUGAAAAGUCUUUUAUUGAAAAAAUAUUCAGCGCUGAAGGAGACGAAGUGGUUCUGAAGAACAAAGUAGAAAUCAACGGAUUGGUAGAGGAUUGGCUCAAUCGAUUAGUGGUGGAAAUACGAGUGACUCUGAUGGACGCAAUUAAAACAUGUUCGCAAGUAGAAUACCUAGGGCAAGAACACAUUCAACGUUAUCCGAUCCAAGUUUUAUGCACCGUGAAAGCUUUGUCGUUUACCAGAAUUACGGAAAAAAGUAUUGCUGCCAUGACCCUGCAAUCGCAUUUGAAAACCGUAAAAAAUGAAGUGGAAUCAUAUUCUGCCAUGCUGAUUGAAGCGACCGAUGCUCUGUUUUGUUUGAAAAUUCGAUCGAUUUUAAUUGAUUUAGUGCAUCACGUAUCAAUCGUUGAACAUUUGAUUGCGAAUAAUGUGACAAAUGUCCAGGACUGGUGUUGGUUGCAACAAAUCAAGUAUUACAUGAACUCAACUCAAACGGUGGUUGUUAAAAUGGUCUACGCCGAGUUCGAAUAUUCUUACGAAUUUCUGGGCAAUCCCAACAAAUUGGUGAACACGAAAUUGACCCACAAUUGUUAUCUGACAUUAACGCAAGCCAUGCAUUUGGGGCUGGGCGGAAACCCUUUUGGACCAGCUGGGACUGGAAAAACUGAGUGUGUGAAGUCUUUAGGGGCUAUGCUAGGACGACUCGUUCUCGUAUUUAAUUGUAGCGAGAACGUUGACACCAACGCUAUCGGCCUAAUUCUUUCCGGCUUAGCGCAAUGCGGAGCAUGGGGAUGUUUUGACGAAUUUAAUCGCCUGAAAGAGGAAACUCUGUCUGCUAUUUCAAUGAUAAUUCAGCCAUUGCAGACCGCAAUCAAAGAAACACAAAAAACCGUCACAAUAUUGGACGAAUCGAUACCACUUAAUCAUCACUGUGGUAUGUUCGUGACGUUGAAUCCUGCCGGAAAAGAUUACGGUGGCCGACAGAAUCUACCACACAAUCUUCAAGCGCUAUUUCGCCCUAUUGUUAUGCAACAACCCGAACCGAAAGACAUUGCUAGAGUAAUGCUCUUCGUUGAAGGAUUUAAGACCGGUGAUGUAAUAGGCAACAGGAUGGUUGAAUUGUUCCGUUUGGCAGGAAAUAUGUUAUCACCUCAACGUCACUAUGAAUGGGGAUUGCGUGAAAUGAAAACCGUAUUGUAUGCGUGCGGUAAAUCGUUGAGAGAAAAUAAGAGAAAUCUGCAAAGCGACAAUGAGAUGGAAUUGGCUGUAGAAGCUCUGCGUUCGAAUACGAUGUCAAAAUUGGUGGAAUCCGAUUGCAAAUUGUUCGACAUGUUGAUCGGCCAGGUGUUUCCGGGAACAAAUAAAAUUGUGUCGUCUCAAGAACAGCUGAGAAAAUGCAUCGACGAAGCGUUUUCCAGCAUGGACCUGCUGAGCAAUGACAAGCAGAUUGAAAAAUGCAUUCAACUUCACGAGCAAUUGGAAAAGCGUAUGGGAGUUGUUGUGUUGGGACCUCCACGGAGUGGAAAGUCCACCAUUAUUUCGGUGCUGAAACAGGCUCUAACAUCCAUGUCGAAAACGAUAAGAACUUAUACGAUAGCUCCAAAGUCCAUGACAAGAACACAACUUCUUGGCAGAUUAGAUCCAGACACCAGGCAAUGGCAUGACGGUGUUUUGACGACGACAGCAAUAGCAAUAAAUGCUGAGAAAUCAGCGUCUGUGGCUCAUAUGUUUAUAUGUGAUGGAGACGUUGAUCCAGAAUGGAUAGAAGCACUGAAUUCUGUGCUAGAUGACAAUAAACUUCUAACGCUCCCGUCUGGAUGGCGAAUUCAGUUUGGAAACAACGUGAAUUUUGUCUUUGAAACCCAUGACUUAUCAUAUGCCUCACCGGCAACAAUCUCCCGUAUGGGUAUUGUCAAUUUGAGCGAAGCCGAUCUGGACGCUUCGAUCAUCGUCGAAGCUUGGCUGACGAAACAAGCGAAUCCGGAUGGAAUUCGAUAUUUGAUGGAUGAUUUUCAUCGAUCAAUUGAUUAUGUUGAAAAGCUGAAGGACAAAGCUGUAAUGUCGUCAAAAGUGGGUCUGAUCAGGGCUGGUUUAGAAUUUGUCAGCAACUGUACGAAUAAGGAGCAGUUUUGUGUUGGUCUCGCUCACGGAUUGGGAAGUACUUUACGACAGGAGGACCGCAACGCAUUUUGUUUGAAUCUCUUCGAAUCUGCCGACAUUUAUGUUCCAAACAAACACGAAGCAGAUCUCUGCACCUAUAACACAUUCCAGAACAAAAUCGACUACUACAGCACAGAUCAUGGUUCAGAUAAUGAUCAAAUGAACAAGCCCGGCUACCUGCUUAUUAAGACGGGUCAUAUGAAAAUGUAUGCUGACGUUGUGAGGCAAUUUAUGAAGAAUCAGAAAAAUCUACCAUUUAUGAUUGUUGGUCCUUCUGGAUGUGGUAGAAGCCUACUGGUCUCAACGGUAUCAAGUGAAUUUUCCGGAACACAGCUGAUUACGAUCAAUUGUAGCGCUCAGUUAACAGCUGAGUCGGUUUUACAUUCAUUACAACAGAAUUGCCUGGUCAUUUCGGGCAUACGAGGACGAGAAUAUAAGCCAAAAUUGACGAAACUAAUAUUGUACCUCAAAAACAUCAAUCUUUGUUACAUCGACAACUAUGGAACCAGUGAAGUUGUCGAAUUGUUACUGCAACUGAUACAUCGCAAAGGAUUCUACGCCACCGAUACAUUAGAAUGGAUAAGUGUAAAUGAUCUGCAAAUUGGAUGUUCGCUGACGAGCGGCAUCAAAGCGACUCUAUCACCACGAUUCAAGGCCAUUGUCCAGUUACUGGUUAUGGAUUACCCCAAAGAGGAUGAUAUGCAUGCGAUCAUCAAGAGUCAACUGAUGCCGGUGUACAAUUCAUUUACUAUUGACUCUAAGAAGAUGCCGAUAAAUGAUGCCGUUAAGGCACUGAUAACAGUACAUUCAAAUAUUUCUGAACGAUUCACUUCAUCCCAAUACGGUCACUACGUGUUUACACCCAAGAUGCUAACCGAAUGCAUUGUUAACUUAGUGAAUUACCCGAAAGAAGAUUUCAGGGAAGCGCUCAUCACCGAACUGACCAACACAUUUGGCAAUCGUUUAGUCGACGAAAGUAAUGUGGAGCAGUUCAACGAAAUUGUUCGCGGUCAAUUUCAGAAAUCUGUUGACAUCGAUAGUCCAAUUUCGUACUUUGUUCCGUCGGGUCCGAAAUCAACAUCUUUUGCUCUGACGACCGAGGAGGAAUGGAACGAUAUAGUCACCAGAAAUGUGGCUGUUUGUUGCUCUGACGAUGUUUGCAUAGAAAUACCGAUCACAAAAGAUAUACUUCGUAUGACGUCGUACGUGUGUGAUGUAUUGUCUCAACCCGGGAAAAACCUUUUGCUGUGUGGACUGAAUGGGUCCGGUCGCAAGGAAUCAUUGCACAUUGGGUGCACAUUUCUGCAAAUCAAAAUAUUUUCUCCGAUUCCGAUUAAGAACUACAAAAUUGAAGAUUUUUACAACGAUCUUCGCACGGUCAUGCAAUCAUCCGCCUUGGACGAUCAAGUAACGGUUUUCCACAUUGAUCACGGUUGGAUCAGCUAUCUGCCCGAAAUUAUGAAGCCCAUCGAAGCUAUCUUAGAAGGAAGCGAAAUACCAGAACUGUUUGGUGAUGAGAUCGAAACGAUUGCAAAUCCUUUGCGAAAUGCCGCCCAAUUGGAUGGUCACCAGGAAUCUAUUGCGUCGUAUUUUUGGAAAAGAGUGAAACGCAAUGUUCACGUUGUCAUUACGUUGGAGACGUCCACCAAAAAUUUGAACGAACUCUUCAGCCAAUAUCCGUCUUUAUAUCGGAACACGGAAAUGAUUUAUUUAAGGCAGUUGCAUGGUCAGGAACUGAUACCAAAAACCAUACUUCAAUCAAUGUCGACACAACAACGCGUUGACAUUCCACUGACGAGCUUCACAACGAUUGGCAUUUGGAAAUCGUCGCCGUUAAGAUAUAAUCAACUAAUUAGGUGCUAUGGUCACACCUAUGUUCAUUAUUUCAAAAAAAUGCAGGAAGAAAAACUGAAACUGCAAGCCGGUGUUGAUAAGCUUUCGUCAGCCCAUUCUGUCGUUGAAACGUUGAAGGCUGAAGCACAGGAACAAGAAACCGCACUAGCGGAAAAACGAAAAUUGGCAAAUCAGGCGUUGGAAAUGAUAUCGACAACGAUGAGAAAUGCCACCGAUCAACGUACCGAUCUGCUCGCCUUAAAGCAGCAGACGCAAGAAAGUAGUCAAAAAUUAAUGGAACGGAAAAAAGCCAUCGAAAUUGAGUUAAAAGAUGUCGAGCCGAUUCUAAAGGAAGCCAGUGCUGCUGUUGGUCAAAUCAAAGGCGAAGCUCUGUCGGAGAUUCGUUCGUUGAGAGCUCCGCCGGAUGUGAUCCGUGAUAUUUUGGAAGGCGUUUUACGAUUAAUGGGAAUUCGGGAUACGUCAUGGAACAGCAUGAAAUCCUUCCUGGCUAAGCGUGGCGUUAAAGAAGAUAUCCGUUCAUUGGAUCCAGCUAGAAUUAGUUCGGAGAACUGUGCAGCCGUUGAAAAAUUACUGCUGAGCAAAGCUGACUCAUUCGAGCAAAAAAACGCUAAACGGGCAUCGGUAGCAGCAGCACCAUUAGCGACAUGGGUUAUCGCAAACGUUAAGUAUUCGAAGGUGGUCCAGAGUAUUAAACCGUUGGAGAGAGAACAAAAUUUGUUAAAGAGGAAUUUGGAAGAGGCUGAGGGACAAAUUGUGUCGCUGACAUCUGGGUUGGAUGACGUCGAUGCGAGGGUCAAAGAAUUAUCGGGACAAUUGAAUUUGUACACCCAAGAAGCGGCCGUUCUGGAGAUUAAAUUGAAUGAGGCCAGGAACACUCUGCAAGCGGCUGAAGUGCUAGUGCAAAAGCUCAACUCCGAAUAUUCCAGUUGGUCGGCUCAGUUAGAUGCAUUAAAUAGUGAACUGGAAAACCUGGUUAAAAAGGCUUAUCUUAUCGCGCUGAACAUAACUUACUUGUCUCAGUACACACAUGAAAAUCGAAUGUCCUUUAUGAAAAAAAUCAUCGACGAAUUGGGCAUCAGUGAAUUCAAUGUGAUGAAAAACCUGAUCACAGAUCAAGAAAUCAUUAUGUGGGAAAGUAUGGGAUUAACAGCUGAUAUUCAAUCAAUGGAAAAUGCAGCCUUAUUGUCGCAAAUUCUAAAAUUACCAUUCGGUUCCGCACCAAUCCCAUUACUGACCGACCCCACUGGCUGCGCACAUCGCUGGCUCAGCAAAUACCUGUCCAGUCAGUCAAUACCUCAUGAGAUGUGUAGUCAGAAUAACGAUCGGUUCACGUACACAUUGGAGCUGGCUGUUCGUUUCGGAAAAUGUUUGAUUAUUCAAGAUGUCCAAUUGAUGAAACCACCACUACUGUCGAUGCUUUACGGUGAACUGAAAUGCCGGUUCAAUAAGAAGUAUUUGCAAGUGGGCAGUAAAUUGGUCGAUUUUCAUGAAGACUUUAAAUUGGUGCUGGUGAGCCGUUUGAGUAACGUAUAUGUGGGAAUGGAAGUUGGCGCCUUUGUGACAAAUAUACCGUUUACAACAACUGUAUCUGGGUAUACGGACCAAUUGAUGGCCAAAUCCAUACAGCUCAAGCAACCAGAAUUAGAAGAAAAGCGAUUGCAACUCUUGCAAAAUGAAGGACAACUCGGUAAACAGAAACUGGAACUGCAAGACAAAUUACUUGUUGAGUUAUCGUCGGCGACAGGAGAUAUUCUGAAGAAUGAGUUACUUUUGAAAACGUUAAACGAAGUGAAGGAAAGCAGCGCUUCAAUUGAUCUGUCGUUAAUAGAAUCGGGACAGAUUCGCCGUAAAUUGAUGCUCGAGUACGAUCAAUACCGGACCGUUUGUGAGAAUGCUGCCAAAUUCUUUGAGGGAAUAAACAAAAUUUAUAAAAUCACAGUGACGGUGUUCACCAAUCUGUUUCUGAAGAGCAUUUCCCAUCAUGAUACAUUCGCUGCAGACAAUUCUUACACACAUUUGAUUCAGCUUUGCUAUUCGAUGUUAAGCAGAGCCAUUUCCACAUCGGAUCAAUUGAUGUUGGGUCUGCAUAUAUGCAAGUUUGCAUAUCCGCAGAAGGUUCCCGACAAGGAAUGGGAACUGUUCAUCACGAAUUUUAUGUCAAGUGAAGACAGUUCGCAAACCAUACCGUCCUGGAUCAAGAAGGAAUUGCAUCCGAAAAUCUCCUGUCUCAUAACAGCCUAUCCAGAAUUUUUCGAAACGCUUCGACUCGACAACGAUUCUGUGUGGUUGAAAUAUGCCAGUGAUUCGAACGAAAUGGCCAUUCCGUCGUCGAAUGUCACCGAGUUUCAAAAGAUCUUGGUGACGCAAAUUUUCCAUCCCAAUCGGUUGAUCAACGUCAUUUCAACGAGUGUGGCCAAGUUACUGCAGAUCAAUAAUUCAUUCGCUACCAAGCCAACAAUUCAACAACUGGCCGCAGAAAGUCAAAACGAAAAUCCACUUUUGUUCAUUGCCACUGGUGGCAUGGAUCCGGCUAAAGAAAUCCAGGAUUAUGCAAUCCAGAAGUGGGGAACGAAUAAAUUUCUGGAAAUAUCGAUAGGAAAGGGACAGGAGAGUACAUCAUUGGCACUAUUGAAAAAAGCAGCCACAGAGGGUCUGUGGCUAUGUAUAAAAAACGUUCAUCUUGUGCCACAUUGGUUGGAUAGUCUCAGUCAAGAACUGGAUGUCUUAGAAUUAAAUAAAGAUUUUCGCCUGUGGUUGGUUUGCGAUUCCAUUGCCAACUUCCCGGAAUCUUUAUUAGUGAAAUGCAAUCAGAUCAUGUACGAAUCACCCAAUGGCGUAAAAAAUAAGCUGCUCCGACUUAUGCAACAAUGGACGCACUUGUUGGCGCAGAAAAGAGAACCGAAAAUUGUGAAGCUCUACGUCAUUGUCUUCAUUCUGAACUCGGUGUUGCAAGAACGCAGAUCCUACAUACCGCAAGGCUGGUCCAAAUGGUACGAUUUUUCGGAAUCUGAUUUGCGAACGGGGAUGUCGAUCAUUAGCUGGAUGGAGAAGUCGACGAACAAUAAGAUCGAUUGGUCGGUAAUAAGAGGACUGUGUCAACACAUCGCAUAUGGAGGACGAAUCGACAAUCAGCACGAUCUUCAAUUGCUUCUGGUUCAUUUACAGCAGUUCUUUGACGAGCAAGUACUCAGCAACAACUGGUCACCGUUGCAAUUUAAAAUUUCGAUUCCUCAAUCGUCUAAUAUUAUGGACUAUUCGAAUGCCAUAUCACGGCUUGCCGACGUUGAACUGCCCAAUAUUUUCGGCAUGCCAACAUCAACGAACACAUCGAAGGAGCUACUUUUUUGCAGGAAUCUGCUGAAGCGGCUAAAAAGCAAUUUAUUCUCCACUAAAGACAACGGAGCCUAUGACAAGAGACUAAAACCUAUUUUACACUUGUGGAAAAAGCUAACAUCGGGCUCAUCGAUAAUCCAGUCGUACAAAUCCAUACCAAACGAAUCUCCAAACACACCGUGGACAUCCUUUAUUCUAUCGGAAAUCCGUCUGGCUGGUCGACUAUUCGAAUCGAUUCACAAUACUUUGGCACAUUUGCAUGCCAUAGCCAGAGACAACACUUCAUUGCAUGUGGACGAUGUGCAGCUGAUGGAUUCAAUUUGCGAGAAUCUUGUCCCAUUGAAGUGGCGACAAUUGUGGACGGGAUCGCGAGCAUUGACGGAGUACAUGAAAGGAGUUGUUUCGCGAUCGAUUGAAGCCGAACGGCGAUACAAGACAAUGAUGCAUCUGGACUUUGGUGAUGAAAUUAAUUUCGUUGACGUGUUCAAUAUUGAAUCGUAUCUGGCUGCAUUGAAGUUGACCAAUGCUAAGGAAUUGGGAUUGUCUACCUGUGACAUCGAUCUAAGAUCUACUUUGUUGGGUAGAAUUGAAACUGCUAACUUAGUCAGUCCGAAAAUCGGUUCCAUAGCGAUUGACGGCGCUUCGUUCAGGAACAACAAGGUGGUCAUGGCCGAUGAACUCGCGUCGUCCCAAUCGAAUAUUAUACCGGAUUUCUCCAUAAACUUCAAUGUUAACAGUGACGUCCACGAGAAAGAUGUGAUUGAAUUGCCACUGUAUUCGAACUCGUCGCGUGAGCACCUACUUUGUAUGCUGAAAAUGCGAACAGACGUCACGAGAGAUACGAUUAUAUUGGCUGGCGUUGCUUUGAUAGUGCCAGAGAACUUUUGAAUGAUUUCAAUUUUCACGAUUUGGUUGAUUAGGGUCUUCGUGCCAAGAAGAGCGACACGAAGGAACAUGAAUCAAGUGAAACACCUAGUGAACGUGGCUCUUAUGCACCAGAGUAGUAAUUGUGAAAUGUAACACGUUUUGUACUUGAGUUUGAACAAACAUUUAAUCAUCGAA